CUAUGUUGCUAUGCGUUCAAAAUUUUAGGCGAGGCAGUGCUAUUCUUUGAACUCCAGGGAGAAGAAUGCAUAAAGUAUUAAGCGAAGCGUUUCGCUUCCGCUCCCCGUCGACUCGCGGUCGUCCGGUCGAUUUCGACUGGCGCUGGCGGUGAGUCACAACGCGGACUAGAUGAUCGCGAAAGCUGUGGCUGUAGCGUGUGAGGCGGAGCUUAAAUGAGAGGGCGGCGGUGGGUAGGCGGUCGCUUUUUUCUCUCCUCCGACGAUUUCUCCACCAUCGUUCUCUUCCUUGCCGCCAUCACUCCACUGCGCCGCCGCCGCCGCCGCCGCCCUGCGAUCACUUAGUAACGGACGCUUCCUUCGCGAUCCAAUCUUAGAAAACCAAGGAUCGAAGAGGUGGGGUUUCUGGUGGCGGCGACCGCGAUUUGACUGCGGAGUAGCGAGGAAUCUGGCUCAUGGCAUGCCUCCAGAUGAGGCAGGAGCCUCGCAGUCGCUGGGUCGGGUACUACCCGCUUCCGAGCUUGGAGUUUUCGCCGGCGUCGUCGUCGUCCCCCUCCUGCGUUCUGUUGUGAAUAAAGAAGCGAUGCGGACUUCGAUGCUCUUAUUACGCUGCUUCGUGAUCUUGUCACUUCGUUGUGGUCCAGCAAAGGUUCUGGCAUUUACUGGAACCUAUGGAAUAAAUUAUGGCAGGCUUGCAGACAAUUUACCAUCACCUGAAAGAGUGGUCACACUUCUUAAAGCAGCAAAGAUAAAGAAUGUGAGAAUCUAUGAUGCUGAUCACAGUGUGCUCAAUGCAUUUAAAGGAUCUGGGCUUGAUCUGACUGUAGCAAUUGGUAAUGAGUAUCUGAGAGACAUCAGUGUAAAUGAAGAUCAUGCUGUUAGCUGGAUCCGGUAUAAUGUGCAAUCAUUUCUGCCUGAUACCCGCAUCCGAGGGAUUGUAGUUGGGAAUGAAGUGUUAGGAAGUACAGAUCAGGAACUUGCUCAAGCUCUUUUUGGUGCCAUAAAGAAUGUUUACAAUGGUCUCAAGAGGCUUCAAUUAGCAGACAAUAUUGAGGUGUCAACACCACAUGCACAGUUUGUUUUUGCUAAUUCCUUUCCUCCCUCGUCAUGCAUUUUUAAAGAAGAUGUCCUUGGUUACAUGAAGCCCAUCCUGGAUUUUUUUUCGCAGAUUGGUAGCCCAUUCUAUCUUAACGCAUAUCCAUUCUUGGCUUACAAAUAUGACCCUGAGCAUAUUGAUAUCAAUUAUGCUCUUUUCCUGCCAAAUCAUGGAGUUUAUGACUCAAAGACUGAUUUACACUAUGACAACUUGCUUGAUGCUCAAAUAGAUGCAGCUUAUGCUGCUUUGGAAGCUGCUGGAUAUGACAAGAUGGAAGUCAGGAUUUCAGAGACGGGAUGGGCUUCUGCAAGUACUGACAAUGAAACAGGAGCUACUAUCCAGAAUGCAAGGACUUACAAUUUUAAUCUUCGCAAACGCCUUUUCAAGAAGAAAGGAACACCACUUAGGCCAAAAAUUGUGGUUAAAGCAUAUAUAUUUGCCUUGUUCAAUGAGGAUAUGAAGCCUAAUGCGAAUUCUGAAAAGCACUAUGGGCUAUUCGAACCAAAUGGGAGCAUAGCAUAUGAUAUUGGAUAUUCUGGCCUGAAGUCUUCAUCUGCAUCUCCAACUCACUUAACCUUGAAGGAUAUUUAUACUCGAGAUUGGUUAUCAGCAUACAACAUGGUUCACAUAUGCUUUGUGGCAGUUGUUCUGGUUUUAACCAUUUAGUUUGUCAACGCAAGUCUGCUUCGAGCAAUGGACCAUGCAAUGUUCUUUUGAAUUCUUGUACCUGUCCUUUGGUCGUAUUAUGUGCGCCUUCUAUUCACGAGUAAGAUGCUGGUAAAAGUGUUCCAAUUUUCAAAUGAAUGAUAUUGCAUCGCUCAGUGCUGAUUAGUAAAUAUCACUCAGACAAAGUUGAUAGAAAUACCGAAGGUGAGAGUUCUAUAUUUCUGUUUUAGUUUCAUUAACAAAUUCGUACUGAGGGUUUGUUUUCAUCUCAUUCUUGAUUGCAUUUUCUUUUAUAAAAUCUCUGGUAAAUGUUCGACAACUCGAUGUUCCUCAAUCACUACAGCAACUCUUCUCUGAGGAAGCAUUGAUGGAACGUUCAUCCGCCACGAUCCGGAGCAGUUGAUAGUUAGAUACCAAAGUCCGUGCUCAAAUGACUGAUCCGGACCUUAGUUCGUGUGAGAAGCGACGAUCCAAGAUGGGCUCCUCCAGCAAAUAGAUUGAAGAUCAAAAACUUCUACCAUAAUUUCAACAUUUUUUGUUGCGAUAAAAAUAAAAGCAAUAUUAUAUUUAAGCGGCAGGAGGACAUUUUCGGA